AUGUCGUACCGCGACACCCGGACUCGCUACCAGACAGCACAGGCAGGUCCGUCUUCUGUGUCUCUUAUUUCAGAGUUUCGUGGGUCAGGGGACACGCUGGACGGGCAGCGGGAGGACGACGAGGCGCGGUUAACGAGCAACAUGGACAAGACAGGUGUGGGUGGUGUGGGUUGGGCUCUGUCCGACGAGGAUGACCCUGAGCGGUCGGUUGGCGGAUCAGCGCGAUCACGACGACGAGCGAGUCGUUACGGAGCAUCGCCGUCGCCGCUGAAGAAGACGGGGAACACGCUCAAGCUCAUGACGGGAAACCUGCGUCGGGCGUCGAUACGUGUCGUGAAUUUUGCCGGGUUCGGCCUCGAGGACCAUGUGCGGCUCGCGGACGCAGAGGAUGAAUCACCGGAGCACACGCUCGUGGACAAGGUGCAGGCGGACGACACGGGCGAGGAGGAGGAGGUCGCAUCCCUGCCCGACCUGUCACGUAGUCUCCCGAUUCGCGGGCGCACGCUUGGCUGCCUGGGCUCGACGAGCAGGAUCCGUAUGGCGAUGUACCGCUUCCUCGUGUAUCCAUGGACAGAACCUAUCAUACUCCUCCUAAUCAUCUUCAAUGCAGUACUGCUGACAAUACAGUCACAUACAUCGGCGGCUCUCGAUGUGGACGACAACGGCAACACCCCGCACCCGCUGUAUCUAAGAGGUUACUUCCAUCAGUGGGAGGACUAUGCUCUGUUUGCGUUGUUUUGUUUCUUCACGCUCGAGGCCUUCGCCCGAAUGAGCGUUUCGGGCUUUCUAUUAGACCCUGAUGUCCCUGUGUCGUCGCUAUUCACGUCUGUCUCGUUCUCCAAAUACCCGGACCCCUCGAUACCUUCCAUGCGCAUGGAACUACAGACGCCACUCUCUCGCAAUGCAUCAUCGCUGUCUCGCAAUGCAUCCCUCGGUCACUCGUCUAGUCGCUCGCGUCGCUUCAACGUCGUCCACAAACUGCAGCAUUUCGCACAUAAUCUCGCCCGCCCAUUCGCUUUACAACACCAUUCAAUGUCACUCCCUCUCCAACCACCUCAAUCAACGCCUGCGUCCUCUGCUCCCCAACGCACACCAUCUACGCAGCAUAGCCGGUCAGACACCACCAACUCUCGCACUGCGAUUCUUGAACCGGCGGUCACGAAAGCUCAAGAAGUACAUGCGCACAUGCGCAAUCCUUCCCAGCCGACGGUGUUCUCAACGGCACUCCGGUCGGACAAUCCGGAUGUCCUCGCUCUUCCAUUUCGGCUGAGUGUCGCGAAUGCACGGCAGCAGACGCAGCGGAACGUGCCGUACCUACGGCAUAGUUGGACCCGAAUAGACUUUGUAGCUAUCGUCGGCUUCUGGGUUUCCUUCGCUCUGGCUACUGCGGGCGUCGAACAGGGAGAAUAUCACAUCGGUAUCUUUCGCGCUCUGAGCGUCUUGCGGACUGCGAGGCUCUUGGCCAUUACAUCCGGUACAACCACGAUCAUGCGAUCCCUCAAGACAGCCCGUCCAUUGCUUGCGAGUGUUGCCUACUUCGUAUUGUUCGCGAUGAUCCUUUUCUCGAUCAUCGGGAUACAGUCAUUCAAGGGUUCUUAUCUCCGCUCGUGCAACCUAUUGCCUACCAUGGGAGUAGAAAAUUACACGGACCUGACCCAGAAUUGCGGUGGUUAUGUGAACGCUACCACCCUCGAAGUCAUGGGUUAUCUCAAGACAGACGGUACAUACGGUUCAUCCAAGGGUUAUAUUUGCCCUGCUGGUCAAAUCUGCAUGGAGGAUCCGAUGAACCCAGACAGCAACAUGGAGAGUUUCGACACAAUCUACUACUCCGCUUUGCAAGUCUUCAUUGUCGCUUCGGCGAAUGGCUGGUCUCCGAUCAUGUACAACAUGAUGGACGCGGAGUUCUUCGUGUCCUGCCUCUUCUUCAUCACCUGCGUUGUUGUGCUCAACUUCUGGCUCAUCAACCUCUUCAUCGCGGUGAUCACAAAUACGUUUGCGGCUAUCAGGUCAGACACGAAGAGAAGUGCCUUUGGUGCAGCAAUAGGCCCCUGCUAUGAUGAAAACAACGAGGGUUGGACCAUGGUGGACGGCAGACGCGUCUCAACGCGCAACCGCAUCAAGGAGGUCUACGAGAGCAUCCGCUGGUGUUGGGUUGCCUUGGCUCUCGCUUCACUUAUCUUGCAAGCCACUCGUGAGGUGAACAUGAGCACUACGCACCAACAGAUCCUCAAUAUCGGUGAACUGGUAAUCACUAUGGCCUUCGACAUCGAGAUCUUCAUUCGUGUGGGCGCAUAUCUCCCAGACUGGCGUGCGUUCUUCUUCCGUGGACAGAACUUGCUGGAUUUGUUCCUCGCGAUCGCGUCAAGCAUCAUUCAAAUACCGGGUAUCCAUGACUCGGACGUCUAUCCGUGGUUCACGAUAUUCCAGCUUGCGCGAUUUUACCGCGUCAUACUGGAGAUCCCAAGAAUGAAGCCCCUGCUUCUCGCCGUGUUCGGAAACAUGUAUGGUCUGGCAAACAUGACGUUGUUCCUCGUCCUGUUGAACUUCGUCGCUGCGCUAGUUGGCGUCCAAUUGCUUCGGGGGGACAUUGCCCGAGGCAACUAUAUCGACUAUGGCCAGAUAUACAACUCAUUUCUCGCCGCCUAUCAGUUGUUCUCGUCGGAAAAUUGGACGGAUGUACUCUAUGGUGCCGGAAAUCCGGAGAUUCCCCUCAGACAGGCACCCAUCAUAGUCUUGUAUCUGACCGGGUGGUUUGCGCUUGCGAACUUCAUUGUGCUGCAAAUGUUCAUUGCGGUCAUUAACGAGAACUUCGAGAUCGCCGAGAAUUCGAAGCGGAGUAGACAAGCCUCCCACUACUGGGCCUCACAUCGUCCACAAGAGACCCGUAUACCGUGGCUUCGCAGACUGAACCCGUACAGGUGGAUGAAGGCGCAACCAAAGGCAAUUGCGGUUGAGCAGUUGCCGUCGGAUCUCAUCCUUCCAAUGCAGAAGACGUUGGUAGAUUCUUAUCCCAUGCAGGAGAAGAUAGUGGCAGAUAGUGCUAAAUCGUAUUUGCGCCACCUACAAAAGCUUUUUGCUGGUGAGACUGAUGCCGACCGUGUGCCGCUCGCGGCAAUGCGAAAAAAUCGUCGGGACUCUGCGGCACCUCAGGAUGCAAUAGACGAGGAAACCGAACGGCAUCUCGAAUUGUUGGCAACCCUCAACUCGGAGGCAGCCGCGGCGGAAGAUUUAACUGACAUCAUCUACGAACGACGGGCGAGAAGGGCGGACUUCAUUCGCGAUCACCCUACCUAUGACAAGACAUUCUGGCUGUUCUCCCACAAGAACAUCAUCCGGCGAGUUUGCCAGAAGCUGGUGUCCCCGGCAGGCGGCGAGCGUAUAUUCGGCGCACAGCCGUCUCCGAUUGCGCACCCAGUCUUCCAGGUCGUUCUCCUACUAGCUGUCAUCGGUGGGAUUGUGGUUGAGUGGAUAGCCACCCCAACAUACCGGCGCAACUAUCAGCUGCAGUACGGGCAACUACGCGGAUCCUGGUUUGACAUUGCAGAAGCGACAUUCGGUUUCACUUUGUUGCUGGAGUUCAUCAUCAAGGUCAUCGCCGAUGGAUUUGCCUUCACGCCGAAUGCCGGUCUCAUCUUCGUCGUCGGCCUCAGUCGUCUCACGAGAUCGUUGAAGGCUUUGCGAGCCCUCCGCCUCAUCACACUUAUCAACAUCAUGCGGUCUACCUUCGAAUCGCUGAUCAUCUCUGGCGUGGCACGAAUCCUGGAUGCUUGUCUCUUGGCCAUCCUCUACAUGAUUCCGUAUGCUGUGUGGGGUCUCAACAUAUUCGUCGGUCUUAUGAAGGAAUGCAAUGACACCAACGUCUCCAACGUGGGGCAAUGCGUCGAUGAAUACUCGAACACAAUCUACGGUGAUUCAUUUGGGUUCUUGGUCCCUCGGGUGUGGGCCGAUCCCUCUCCGUCCACGACAUUCUCAUUUGACAACUUCCGUGCGUCUCUGUUGAUCUUGUUCGAGAUUGUCUCGUUGGAAGGUUGGAUCGACGUCACCACGGUCGCAGUGAGUCUCAUCGGACAAGGCGAGCAGCCCCAGACGAAUGCGCGACAGUUCAAUUCGAUCUUCUUUCUGAUCUAUAACCUUCUGGGUGCGGUCAUCAUUCUGACCCUCUUCGUCAGUAUCAUCAUUGGCAACUUUACCUCGAAGACCGGCUCGGCAUAUCUCACACAACCUCAGCGAGAAUGGAUAGAUUUACAGAAGUUGAUCAAGCGGCAGCGCCCCUCCAAACGACCGAAGCGUCGACCAUCAUGGCGUAUCAGAGCCUGGUGCUUCGAUCGUGCAGUGCAUAAGCACGGUUGGUGGCACAGGAUGAUGACGGUGGUUUUCACUAUCCAUGUAAUCGUUCUGAUGACUCAGACACUUGGUACCACCUCGACGCUCGAUCGCACGCGCGAUACAUUCUUCUUCGUGGUCACGAUCAUAUAUUCCAUCGACACACUGGUGCGGUUCUUCGGUCUGGGCUGGCGCAGUUUCAGUGCCAAUGGCUGGAAUAUCUUUGACAUCAUUGUCGCUACGGGCAGUCUUCUGACAACCUUUAUUGUCAAUUUCGGUCCUAGCGGAUUUGCAACUCAACAGUUGCAAAAGUUGUUCAUCACUUCAAUUGCUUUCAAGUUGGUGCAGCGCACGAACUCUCUGAAUAAAUUCUUCAAGACCGCCGUGGCAAGCUUGCCAGUGAUCAUCAGCCUACUGUUCCUCUGGAUCAUCCUCUUCCUUUUCUUUGCGAUCAUGUACAUGGAGGUAUUCAGCAUGACGAAGUGGAAUUCGGCGGAAACGAGAUACCAGAACUACACGACGAUGUCGAAAUCAUUGGUUAUGCUUGCAUUCAUGACGACAGGGGAAGGCUGGAACCAGUACAUGCACGACUUUGCGUUGGAGUAUCCCCGGUGCACCGUCCUGCCUAAUGGCGACUCCGAUUGUGGCAGCACAACCUGGGCGUUCACGCUCUUCAUCGCUUGGAAUCUGCUUAGCAUGUACAUAUUCGUCAACCUGUUCGUUGGUGUUGUCGUCGAGAGUUUCUACUAUGUGUUCCAGAUGUCGGGUGGAUCAAAAUCCAUCACACGUGAAGAAAUGCGUAACUUCAAGAAAGUCUGGGCCGCGUUUGCCAAUCCGAAGACAGGGUACCUAGAGAGGGACCGCUUUGUGCCUUUCUUUGGUAAACUGAGCGGGAUCUUCGAGGUCCGGAUAUAUCCUGCCGAGUUCAAUAUCCGACGAAUAAUGGCGCAAUCGCUGGCGGAUCCAACCUCAAACUCUGCUUGGCCAGCAGCAAUAGUGGAGGGCAUGGAUCUUGGCAAAUUGAGUGCGACGCUAGGUGGCAUAGAUCGCGCUACCAUUAAGCGGAGGAAGAAUCUGUAUAAUCGACUCUACCAUGAAGCUCGGAUCUCGCACGAGCCUGGAAAGGGCAUAUCAUUCACAAAUAUGCUGUUACUCCUAACGCAUCACAGGCUCAUUGUCGAUCGGGAUGCUCUGGUACUGAAGGACCUAGUUAUACGGACGGAAACGAACAAACUUGUCACAGACCUUGUUGACUUCGACCGCGUCCAGUCUUUGCUACUCAUGAUAUCUUAUCGACGGCGGUAUUUAGCAAAACGCGACGAAAUACGGCGUAUGAAAAUGGCGGAUCAAGACAUACCUGCCAUCGUCGUCGAUGACCUGCUCACGACCCCCGUUCUCAUCACCCGCGACAUAACCUCACCUAGCCGAGACAGUUCUGUGGAACGCUUUUCAGAUCCCGACUCCCCUAUGUCGCCGACCUUCGGCGAUCGUUUCCCGGAUUAUACGAGGGUGAGUGACAUCAGCAUGCUGUCACUCAGUCCCGGUCUUUCCCCCGAUAUGUCCGCACGCGAUCCUCACUCUCCGGUAGACGACGCGCAGAACAUUCUCGAGACCAUGCAGGGAUCUGUUUGGAAUGAGAUGAUGCUGGAGGCUGAAGAGGAGGAAUCAUAAAAUCAUUACUUCGCUGCAUAUAAUUCACCGGACUCUAGAGGGACACAUGUAGACUGUAGACAUAUUGCACACCAUUGUAGGCACCAUGGCACUGUACUAGCGUAAGACUUUAUUGUGUAACUUAUCGCUCAGAGUAAAAUGGGACUACUAAUUCACCCUGGUACACAACAUACAGCACAAUAAGGUCGCGAACCGAUCAGAAUCUGCCUCUGCGCGGCCGCCAGACAGUCUUCUUCUCGACAGUCUGGAAGCCCUCUUCCUCCUUAGGCGGUUCCUCCUCGCAGCAGCUGGCGUUCUGGGCGCAGGCGA